ACUAGACAUUAAAUAAACGCAAUGGAGAGCAAGAUUGACAUUUGGAUUGAAAAGUACCGUCCAGGCUCCCUGGAUGAGAUUAUCGGAAACCCGGAAAUCACCAAGAGACUACAGUACAUUGCAAAGGAGGGAAACAUGCCGAAUCUACUGCUAUGCGGGCCUCCUGGGACGGGAAAGACGACGUCGGUGCUCUGCUUGGCCAGGGAGAUGCUGGGAGCGCAGUUCAAGAGCGGCGUGAUCGAGUUGAAUGCGUCCGACGAUAGGGGCGUCGAUGUCGUCCGCGAGAGCAUUAAAAACUUUGCCAAAAAGUCGCUGAUUUUGCCGCCAAACAAACACAAGAUCGUGAUUCUCGAUGAAGUUGACUCGAUGACUGAGGCUGCACAGCAAGCGCUUCGCAGGAUCAUGGAGAUCUACUCGAAUACCACAAGAUUCGCCCUUGCAUGCAACCAGUCCACAAAGAUCAUUGAGCCCAUACAGAGCAGAUGCGCAGUCAUUAGGUUCACAAAGCUCAAGGAUGAACAGGUUCUGCAGCGUUUAAUGGACAUUUGUAAGCUGGAAGAUUUAAAGUACACAAAUGACGGGAUGGAGGCGCUUUUAUUCUCGGCAGACGGAGACCUCAGAAGGGCUGUGAAUAACCUCCAAAAUGUCUCUGCAGGCUUCGACCUCAUAACAAAGGAGAAUGUGUUUAAAGUAUGCGAUAUUCCAUCUCCAGAUUUGAUUCAAAAGAUGCUCAGCGAUUGCCUCAACGGUAAUUGGAGAAUGGCGCACGAAAAGGCGGCAGAGCUGCUAGAACUCGGCCACUCUCCACUAGAUAUAAUCAUUACAAUGAGAAGUGUUUUAAAGAGUUUUAAUGCACCGGAACAUGUGCUCCUGGAGUACAUCAAGGGAGUCGCACUGACCCACAUGACAAUGGUCAAUGGACUCAUUACUCAGCUGCAGUUGGAAAAGCUACUCGCAAACCUCUGCAGAAUCGCACUCACACUCAGAACUGCAUAA